AUGUCUCAAAAGAAUAUAGCCACUGUAGAAAGGAGGAAAUCCUUAGCAGUGAAUCCUUCUCAGACCAAAAGACUUAUAAGUCCUCUAAAGCUCUAUAAUAAUGAUAGCUCAACUAGCAGUGAGGAUGAAGUUAGCGAAGAGAGAAAUGAGCAUGAGAGGAGGGAAGAGUACUCGGUACAGAUUGAUGGGAUGAAGAUAGCGCUUGUUGCAAUUUUGGUGAUGAUUUUUGGACUGAUAUUGAAAGAAUCUAUGUCUGAUUAUGAAAUUAGUCUGAUAUAUGCAUUGAGAGGGUAUAGUAGCCACAACCAUGUUCUUGAGAUCAUAUGCUCAUGGGUCCUUGUUUUUACAGAUCUGAAUUUUAUUGAGUAUGCUCUUGUUGCAAUUUACUUAUUCUCAGACCCAUUAUUGGCGUACAAAUCAACUUUUCUCAUGGAAAUUCAGAUAUUUUUUGUUGCAAUAUUAAAACUCAUCUCAACAUCCCCCAGACCUUGCUGGAUUGAGGAUAAAAUGAAUGUACACUUUUGCUCUCUCGAUUACUCAGGCCCCUCAGACCAUAUCUGAGUUGGAGCUCAGUUCUAUACCUACAUAGCCAUAAUAUUCUUCUACAAAUAUGCUGAGGAGAAGAGUCUUUGCCUCAUCACAGGUUUACUGAUUUUGAUAUAUAUCUUCAUAUUCUUGACAGGUUUCUCUCUAUUUUAUCUAGCACAAACUUUCAUCUUUGAAUGCUUUGCUGGGAUUAUUUACUGCAUCUUGAUAGUUGUAACCUUCAUCCGGCUUGAUAAAAUUAUUCAAAGGUACUGCACUUCCUUGUGCUUCGAUAAUUUCCAAUCAAGGCGUAAAUAAGUUCACCUUACUAUUCUCAUGUAUUGGAGCAUUUCUGGUGAUUUUGGUUUACUAUAAGCUCUCUAUUGAUGACUUAGAGAUUGAGUCUUCGUACCUAAGAUCUAACUCUUUGAAGCAUAAGAAGUUCAACUAUAAGUUAGGAAUGGAUUAUACUUUCUUUGAUUUAUCAAAAAUAUUCACUCUAAUCGGAGCUACUUUUGGAGCCUGAUUUGCUUCUUCCAAUAUUGAGGGGUACCUUUCACAGGAUACACCUACGCAAAAAUAGGGUCAUUAGGACGAUCUUAGGGCUCGGGCUUAUGUACGGGCUAAACUUUCUAUCAAGCUUGAUCCCUGUUGAUAAUUAUUUAACAGAUUAUUGCUUAAGGAAGAUACUUCCGAAUAUUUUGGUUUCUUAUGCAAUUUAUGGCUUGUUUCCUUAUUCAUGGAAGUACAUCCGGUUGAUAGAGGUGUACCAAGGGAACUCAACUGAAACUGAUGCCUCAUUCGUUGAGAAUAAGGAUUAUGCUAGUGACAGAAUUGAUGAAGCUAGUGAGAGUAAAAGUGAAGACGAGUAUAAACCUCCACGACUUCUCCAGGAAAGAGAUAAUGAGGAGGAGGAUGGUUAUACAGGAAGUUACACUCAGAGCCAAGAAUCUCAUAUUAAUGCUGCUUCAGAUGAUCCUUAUUUCAAAAGAAAUGUUUAGAAUUCUCCCAUUUUGAAAAAU